AUGUCGGUUCACGGAUCCUCGGGACUGCUGCCGAGGGUCGACGGUCAACUGGUACCUUUACCCCACCCGCUGGGCGGAAGAGACGGACUCGCAGCCUCGACCCCGUUCCUGCAACGGGAGUCGAAUCGAGCCGGGCGCAGAGAGGCUGAGAGACGAUCAGUCCGUCUUUUUCGUGGCUUCCGCAGUCUUCGUCAGGCUCGACUGGGUCACCGGCCUGGCCAGCUCCAGAGACGAGCGAGAGAGAGUGGGACGCAGAUUGGCCCUGAGCUUGGACGUUGUGUCCGGCGAAGACGGUUGAUGAAAAAUCAAUCAGCCUGGCCGAAUUCCUCUUGUCACCACAACCCUCGUGCCCUGCGGACGUUCGGAGAGGAAGGCUGUACGUCAGAGGCCUCGACCGGCGCCUCGGCUACCGACGGUACCACAACAGGUUGCCAUGUCGACAGCCGUCGAGUCAAAUCGGUGGCUGGAGUCAUUUGUGCGCAAGCCUUUGCUGCACGACGGCCGUCACGACGUUAA